CUGUUAGCACUGAGACGGCAGACCCUCCCUCCCUCCCUCCCUCCCUCAGUCCUCCAGAGUCAGUGUCCCUGGGAGGUGAUUUGUAAAUCUGGCGUCCCGAGCACCGCCCUGUGAAAAAGAUCUCUGCCUAUCGCUUGAACCCUGGCAGAGACAUGUGGGACACCCGGCCAGACAGAUAUAGCAGCAGCCUGGAGACACUGAGCGUCCCUCUCCUCGGUCAAACAGCCUCUGGAUAACGCCGCCGCUCCGUCGGGUGCACCCACCGAACCGCCAGCAUGGAGAUUUCACUUGGAAGCGAUGGUGGCGGCGCGUCGCCCAACAUCGAGCGUGCCCACCAGGCCUUCAGGGACCGCUGGAAAGAGACAGACGAGUCCAUGUGUCGCCACAGCAUGUCCUUCCACCUGCAGCACGCGCUGAGGAGCGAGUUCUUCGCCAGCUACCUGUACCUGAUCGAGUUGAUGCCCGUGGUGAAGCUGUUUCCCGUCACCUGCGAGUACAUCAAAGGGGAGAAACAGUUCUACUACAGAGCUCAGCAGUUCUACGAGGACGUCCCCGCCUCGGAGGAAGGCAUGCUGGGAGAUUUUAUGGAGAUAGGCAACGUCGAUCUGGAGGGUUCCCGGCAGUUUCUGAAGAGGUUUGUGGGUCCUGGUAAGGCGGGCACCCACUGCGCCCUGGACUGCGGCUCCGGGAUCGGCCGCGUGUCCAAAGGCGUCCUCCUCCCCGUGUUUGAGAAGAUGGAGUUGGCGGACAUGAUGGAGCACUUCCUGCUCCACGCCCACGAGGAGUACCUGGGCGACGACGCCGACCGCAUCGAGACGUACUACUGCUACAACCUGCAGGAGUUCACGCCCCCCAAGCACAAGUACGACGUCGUCUGGAUGCAGUGGGUGGCGUGCCACCUGACCGACAAGGACCUGAUGAACUUCCUGAUGCGCUGUAAGAAGAGUCUGCGUCCCAACGGCGUGAUCAUCAUGAAGGACAACAUGGCGCGGCAGGGCUGCAAGCUGGACCCCAUCGACAGCAGCAUCAGCCGCCACCUGGACAUCAUGAAGUGCAUCAUCGCCAAGGCGGGCCUGGAGGUCCUGGCGGUGGAGAAGCAGGAGGGCUUCCCAGAGGUCAUCAUGCCCGUCUGGAUGAUCGCCAUGAAGUAGAAGUCUUUUAGAAGACUAAAAAACAAGAUUGUUGUUGCUCCAUUUGGAGGAAAAAUCCAACCUUAAAGGGGGAUUCAGGUGUAAUCCGCCUUCUGUUUGAGUCUAGAUUUGUGAUCGAGUCUCUGAAAACCGCAACAACCCUGCAAGUUCCCGAUGUCAUCAGGAGAUAAAUCCUUAAAACGGCCAUGUGGACGGCGUGACGACACCCGGGGAGAUUUUAUCCUUGUGUUUUCUGCUCGGUGCAGAAAUGAGUUAAAGCGUUACCUUCUACAGAAGCACUCUGCACGUCCACAGGAGCCAGACUGUGAUUUAUUGUCAGUGUAACUGUGGGCGAGGAUCUUUGGAAUAGCACGUGGAUUCAGAUGGUUUCUCCUCGGAGUGAGAAAUCUAACAUGUUGCAUGACAAGUCCAACAUCCCACCAGCCGUAGAAAGUCCCUCUCCUUCCAUAUAGGACAUUAUAUCAGAAAGAAUAUAUGCACCGUAAUGAAUGAUCCCGUCUGAAUUCAGCCAUGGAUAACGCAAAUAAUUUAAAUUCAAUCAAUUUUAAAAGAGAUCUUAGCAAGUGAAGAAAGUCUCAGUUUGUCCUAAAACUGUGAAAAUACGUAAAUAGAAAGACCGCUCACCCCCAAAAGUCUCUAAGUGAAGUCUCGCUGAAGCUCAGAUGUCUGUGUGUUACUACUCUACUUCGUUGAUAAAACUUCGCUGGAUAAAACCCAUCAGGUGAGAUAACGUAACGUGUUGGGGAACAGAAGCUAAGCUAGCUAGCAUGCUAGCCAGGCGACGUAUAUUGUGCCAGAUGUAGAGCGAUGUAGUCGACUGAGCGGUUUUACACAAAACUGAGUGUUACCACGACAAACUGAGACUUUCAGUUACUUACAAACUUACAAAAUAAUUAAACAGGAUACAAAAAAAGCUUAAGUCUCCCCCCCCCUUCCGUUCAUGCUCUUUCCGAAAUAAGAUCCCAAGAGGAGUGACUUUUCCUCUCUAGUCAUGUUAGAUUUCUUUUAAAAAACCCUAUUGUUUUAUGUUUUACAACACAAUCAACAUGUGAUCUGUACCUGGAUACGUUACGUGGAGAGUGACAUCUGUUCACAGGCCUUUGCGUUUACACUUGGUAUUAAUACGUAAAGUUCUUGUCAUCUUGAUUCUGCUCGCGUUGUGAUCGGAUCUUAUCGUGCACGUUAGGCCGAGCAGCUGGACCGCAGUCAACAAACGUUAAAAAAAUCCUCUCAGGUCAAAGGUAGGAGGGCAGGAGACUCUCAGGAGAAAAACCACGACCUGGAGGCUGCUGGUCUGUAGCCUCGCCAACGUGACUGAGGCCGGUUUCAGGUCUCAGAUCGAAGAGCAACACAUAAUCCUGCACAAUAACUAACUAGGAUGCUAUCAUGAUGCUAUCAGAAUAACUAGAAGAAGAAGAAAAAUGGAAGAACUAAUCACAACAUUUAGGGUAAACACUGAUUUCACGCACCAAAUUUCUUUUUUUCCAGCUGUUAAAUAUUUCUAGUCCCGUGCAGCUGGAUUUUCGCGAGAAUCUCAGGAUUAGAGUAAUGUGUUUGUGUGUUUUUAAACGUGUUUUUAGCCUCUUAACAUGUUCAAAAUGUCAUUAAAAGUGCCCCCCCCCCCCAUGUGAAGUGAUUCCUUGACUGCAGGAGAUGUGAAAGAAAUGCAUGAAAGUUGUGUUAAU